AUGGCUAAGGGCGACGGGCUUAUCAAGGUGACAUUCUUCAUCACUAGGAAAGACGGGGUGUCCGCUGAAGCGUUUCACGAGUAUUGGUCCCAGCGCCAUGCCCAGGCGUUUCUCUCCGUCCCGAUCAUUCGCAAAAACGUUGUAAAGUACUCGCAGUUCCACGCGGACAGCUCCGUCGACCUGGCCAAGUUCGGAGUGGGCGUGGCCAGCUAUGACGGGGUGGCGAGUGUGUGGGCGCGCAGCCUCGACGAGCUGGCGGCGGUUUACACCGACGCCGAGUACCUUAAGGCCGUGAUUCCGGACGAGGAGAAGUAUUUCGAUCGGGGGAAGGUUGUCACGAUGGUCGGGUGGGACGAAGACAAGUGGGAAAAUGGCAAGGUCCUAUAG